GAAACAGCUCUUUUCUGUAUUCCUCUUCUGCCACCAAAAGUUGUUGGUGUGAGCAUAUCAACGGAGACAUCAUGUGAUUUGGAGACACUUCAGGGCUGAAGCCACUCUGUGGUCAGUUCAAAGGUGUCUGACAGAUGAACUGAUCACUAACUCAGGAGAGCUCUGCAGCGUGAUUUAUGUAAGAAUGAGGUUCAUCACUUUGUGCUGCUGUCUUCUCUUUUGGGUGAACACAGGUGAUGUCUCUGCAAACACCAUAAUAACCACAGUGGGAAGAGAUGUUACUCUAAGAUGCACGUAUGAUGCUGGGUAUUACGGCAAGCUGCCUUUCUGCUGGGGCAGAGGAAAUAUACCUCAAAGUGGCUGCGCCAAUGAGGUGCUCAGGUCAGACGGGACCAACGUGCUCAGCCAGCAGUCGGAGCGCUAUGCUCUUAUGGGUGAUCUUGGCGCGGGUGAGGCUUCUCUGACCAUCAGGCAGGUUCAGGAGAGCGACUCGGGCAUAUACGGCUGUCGGAUAGACAUACCGGGCUGGUUCAACGAUCAGAAACUUGAAAUUACUCUCACAGUAAAUCCAGGACGGCCUUUUCCUCUAAAGGUGGAAACAAGAGAGGUGAGGGAACGAACUAUCACUGUGCGCUGGACUCCUCCAUUUAAUGGUGGUAGACCCAUUACAGCCUACAAGGUGGAUUUAAAAAACAAACAUGCGCCUUGGGAUACAGCCAAAAGAACUGAAGUAUCACAGGCUCACCUGACUCAGGUGACUUUGGUUGAUUUACAUCCUGCCAAGACUUACAACCUUCGCAUGUUUGCGGUCAACAAUGUGGGACUGAGUGAACCCAGCAAUGUCCUGAUAUUUACAACAAAAGAAGCAGCACCUGAGGGUCCCCCGGUCGAUGUGCAGCUUGAGGCCCCCAGUUUUGACAGCAUUCAAGUUACUUGGAAGCCUCCGAAGGUUGAACUCAGAAAUGGCGUCCUGCGCAGCUACAUCGUCAACUACAGAGAAUUUGACCCAGCGGCCCAACAACUUCCAAAGUGGCAGCAACUUACUGUGACAGCCAUGAGUGAAGGACAGAGCAUCAUCCUGACCCACCGGAAGCCUUCAACCCAGUACACUGUUCAGGUCCAGGCCAAAACCAACGCAGGAAAAGGACCUUUUUCAGCUCCAGCUUUCUGCACCACUCUUGACAAAGUUAAAGAGACAACAGUGGCAACUACUUUGUUAUCUUCUACUGCUGCUUCCACAAAGCUGAGGGAAUAUACAAGCUCUACUACCAAUGCACACACAACUACUGCUGGAACUAUUUCUACAUUCACAGUUUGGGAUGAAAUCUCUUUGAACAGCACACCCUUCACAACAGUGCCACCAGAUCCACCAGUAAUUGUGUUAAAGGAGGUGAUAGACAACACAAUUUCACUUUCCUGGACUCCUGGCUUUGAAGGUGACAGUCCUAUUACUGCUUUCUACUUGGAGUAUAAAGCAGCAAAUGCUUCAUGGGACUACACAAAGGCUAUUAUAGAUUUCAGCUCCAAUGAGACAGACGCCACGAUAAUAGAGAUCAAUCCUUCAACAUACAACAUCCGCAUGUUUGCUAAAAACAGUCUGGGCACCAGUAAAGCCAGCAACAUUCUCACUGUGACCAUCGAAGAAAGAGAUCAGCAAACGAGUAGCAUAACAUCCACCACAUCCACUGCUACCAAAGUCUCUAUGGAAGCAAGAGGUGGUGUUCACACAUCUGCUAUUGUUGUGCUGGUUGUGCUGGUACUAUUGAUUGUUGCUUCUAUUGCUAUUUGGCAACUUCGACGUAUAAAACAGAGAAACGGCAGCCUGAACAUGUGGCUGGCCAAUGGAGCAAUUCAUUACAAAGGAUCUGAGCCACUGCAAGAGCUGUGAAACUUACUCUGCAAUCAACAUUUGGAAACUCAUUAUGCCAACUAUAUUAAAUAUACCAAAGUGUAUUUUGUUAUUGGAGAUCAUUUGCUAAUAUUACCUUUGCGUGUAUUUGAGUCUAAUAGUAAAGGAAAGUUAAAAAUACAAAGGUCCUUUAAGAUUUUUAUAGCGAUUGGUAUUCUGUAAAUGGCAGUACAAUUUCUCCACUAUAGCUUUAUUUUUUAUUUUUUUAACACUAUGCAUUUAUGUUGUUUGUCCAUUAAAAUGUGCACCAAUAUAGCAUAUUUGUCCAACAGUGUUUUAAAUAUUAACUGAAAGCUUAUAACAUCCAACUUCAAUUCAGUUUUUGUUAAAUACUGCCACCUGCUGGAAGUACUUCAUAUAGUACAUGAUGAAACAGUUUAUCCCUGUUUUAUAGUGCAAAUUAAGCUAAAAAUGCAUUUAUUAAAUAUGCAUUUAAUCAUAUUUUUCUGUAGCAUUUUUUUUCUCCAAAACUAACAGUUCAAAUCUGUAUGGUUUAAAAAGUCAGUUUAGUAAACUGUAACUCAUUUAAUUUGAUACCUACUACUGCAGAGAUGCAUUGAUAUAUUUUUCUACAAUCCUUAGAAAAUAAAAAACAAUCCUUCACUCUUGAACUGUAUUAAUGAGUCUAAGCACUUGGUUGUUCUUUGAUACUUUGUUUAUUUUUAAGUCAUCUAAGUCUGGAGAGUCGAGCUAACGACUCUUCAGUCAGACAGAAUAAAAUAUCUCCAGAGUUAUAAAUGUUGUAGUAAAUCAUAUUGUGUUUCACAAAUCUUUUCAUGAAAAUACUGAUUCAGUUACACAAAAGCC